UUUGACCGAGGCCAGACCAGGCGAGGCGGCUACUGUACUAGUAACUGACAUACUUCAACUGUUUCUCGCUUCUCCAGCGUAAAAGCUUACAUCCAUCGACCAUUCCAUUUCAUCCAGAGUCAAGAUGGUUUCUUUCUACGAAGGCCCCUUGAACGAGGCAAUCGCCACAUCGGUACAAGAGGCAAAGGUGCUGGGAUGCUUUGUCACCGGUAUGAUAUGGCAUCUCAUUAUCAGAUAAUCAGUCUCGUCAUAUGAUUGAUCACAUAACUGAUGAGAUGCUGUAUAGAUGAUGAAGAGGAAAGCAAAUUAUGGGAAACCGAUUUUCUUCAAGACCCGAUCGUGAGUGCCCAGCCUAUGAUCCCAGUAUGAAUGUCCUAUUAACUGUUUGGUUAGGUUACAUCGUUACUAUCAAGUCAAACCGUACUCUUGCGUCUCAUAGCAGGCUCUCAAGAGGCUGGAUAUCUGGCACAGAUUUUCCCCAUACCUAAGACUCCAACUUUUGUUCUUAUCAAGUAAGCUAUUUUUGAUUUCUUAUUAGUUCUGAGGCAAGAGAGUUAUCACUUGAGGAAGUGAAUUCGUUUGUCUCGGACUAAUUUCAAUCUACAACCUUUCAUACAUCUCCAAGAGCUUCCAGUGGACUCAUAUACUGAUUUCUAUCUAGAAAUGGUGAGCUCAAAGAGUAUAUGGCAUCGGGAAUUUCAAAAGAGGAGUUCGUCCGUCGAAUUAGCGUAGCUUCUCAAUCACAAGUUCCCGAGACGCCCUCAAGGACAGCUUCAGCAUCUCGUAAUUUACCACAAUCAUCCAAUGAUAGCCCAGCUACAACAUCGACCGCGCCAGCAACCUCAAACAGCACAACCUCAGCACCAAUAGAGUCACCCCCUUCAGCAAGUAAGAAGGGAAAGCAACCCGCCUCAGACCCACCCUCAGUACAAUCCACCAAAAAAGAGGACCCUCAGAAAAAGGCCGUAGACACAAAAUACGCCCUCCAAAGAAAAAAGGAACUCGAAGACGCCCGGAAAGAACGAGAACGUAUCCUCGCCCGCGUCGAAGCCGACAAAGCAGCGCGUCGUCAUGAAGCCGAACUACGCUCCAAAUCACGCGCCAACGUCCUCGCCCACCAACAAGAAGAAGCCACCAAAGCCCAGAGCUCCUCCAAUUCCCAGUCCAAAAAACCCGCUCACAGAGAAUGUGCUCUUCAAGUCCGAAUGUUUGAUGGCUCAACCAUUCGCUCCAAAUUCCCCUCGUCGGGAACCAUUCGGGCGGAUGUUAGGAAAUGGGUAGAUGCCAAUCUGGAAGGCGAUGUACCCUAUAAUUUCAAACAAGUCCUUACUCCCUUGCCCAACAAAGACAUCUCUUUGAACGAAGAAGAACAGGAUUUCCAGUACUUGGGAUUGACACCCAGCGCUACGUUGAUCCUAGUUCCUGUAAAGGAAUUUACAGAAGCUUACGGGAGCGGUGGCGCGACAGGACUUAUCUAUAAGGGCGCUUCAUUGGGACUCGGAAUCGUGUCUGGGGGUGUGGGGUUGGUGACUGGGACAUUGGGAAGUAUUUUUGGACCUGGUGGUGCGAAUGCGGGUGAGAGUGCGCAACAGCAGCCGAGUGGGGAGGGUAGCACUACUUCUGGGUCUGCAGUCUCGGGCUCUUCGAGAAUCAAGGUUAGGACUUUGAGAGACCAGGCAGAUGGACAGAAUGAGCAGAAAUUCUACAAUGGGAAUUCGGUAGGUUUGACUUUUUCAUUUCCUUUCCUUUCCUCUACUUUGGAAGUAAACGGAACAAACUAAUCUUCUUGAUAGUUGAGGCUUGAACCCAGGCGGGAUGACGAUAAGGACAAGGAUAAUUAAGGAGAUUCUUGCUUCUUGAGAGAGGAAUCCGAGACCAGGGUAGUGCAAGUCAUUUCAAGGCAGCGGCGACCGUAUUGCGUUUGGAUCUCCACUGGCGGCUCUUUUGGCAUCGGACAGUCAGAAGUGGCGAUUAUUAUUGGUGAACUUUCGGAUUUUACUCAUCUUCAAAUGGCGAUUUGGUGGUUUCCUUUGAUCAACCUGGUGGUCGUUCCACUGGUAACAUUGGCCGUUUUGUACUCUUACAUUCCGCAUAUCGCAGUCAUAAUAAAAUCUUAUAUCAAGAUGUUA